AUGUGGGACGGUCUAUUCAUGCUGCUCACUCUGAGCACGAUCAUGGCAAUUGCAUCUUUCGUCGCCGGCGCACUGCCGCUCACCUUCACCCUCUCGCCGCGGCAGCUGCGCAUCAUCACACUCCUUGGCACAGGCGUGCUUGUGGGGACUUCACUCAUUGUCAUCAUUCCAGAGGGAAUCGAGACAAUGUACAGUGCUGGCAAGACCCAUUCGCACGUCUCCCGCAGCGUCCUACCUACCAUCCCCAGCGUACACAAGCUGCAAACUGGCAUCAAGCACCCCUCAGACUUUGGCCUUGGAAGCAGAGGAGAUAUCCUGGACACUAGCGUACUGAAGGUGGGCGCCGUUAAAGCGCCGGCUGGCCAUGUUGCUCAGGAGGGCGAGUUUAUCGACCUCCGAAUCAGGCGGACCCAGGAGCUGAAGGAGAAGGCCAAGGACAAGCAGCAGCUCGAGGACGAGGAGCACCACGAGGCGCAGAAGGGCGGCGAUGACGACUCCACAGAGGGCCACAAGGAAGGCCACACACGCGUGCACGCUCCGGAAGAAGACGAGAACCACAAGCACGUUGAAGACAUGCAAGGCCCGAGUCCACAUGCGUACAUUGGCGUCGCUCUGAUCCUCGGCUACAUCCUGAUGUUCCUCGUCGACCACGUUCCCGAGGCUCUAUCCUCCUCCCAGCAAGAUUACCAGCCCAUGCACAUCUCGCUGUCGAACCUGCACCGUGGACCACACAACUCAUCCAGUCUCAGUCUGAAUGGACUGACAACGCCUGGGUCACCGCCAAUGCUGACGCCCACGCCCAUGGCUUUGCCCAAGAAGAACGGGUCUGCAACGACCAUAGGGCUGGUAGUCCAUGCCUGUGCAGACGGCAUUGCCUUGGGGGCUUCCUCGGCUGCUCCAUCUGGUUCCCUGUCCUUCAUCGUCUUCCUGGCUAUUAUGCUGCACAAAGCCCCGGCCGCAUUUGGACUCACGUCAGUGCUGUUGAAGCAAGGCCUUUCUAAGCGCUCGGCACGCACGCACUUGGCGUUCUUCAGCUUGGCCGCUCCUGCAGGCGCUUUCGCAACAUGGGCUAUCGUACACACCCUUGGACGCAAUACACUCGGUGGGGAUGAGGGUUUGACAUGGUCGACCGGCUGGGUAUUGUGCUUCUCUGGCGGCACAUUUUUGUACGUGGCAAUGCAUUCCAUGAUCGAGGCGACAAGCCCUCAAGAAGAGCCCAUCGUUCACGGAUACCUCGACGCACCUCUUGGAAAGGCAACUAUGUCCAAGACAGACAUUCUGAUCGUCGUCUUCGGCAUGCUAUUGCCACUCGUCACCCAGAUCGGUCACGCCAAUGCGCAUGCUCAUUAG